AUGGUCCAUUCCUGUUGUGGCUCUGUCUCCUCUGGCUGUUGCCAGCCCAGCUGCUGCGAGCCCUGCUGUGGCCAGUCCAGCUGCUGCCAACCCAUCUGUUGCCAGACCAGCUGCUGUGAGCCCUGUUGUGGCCAGUCUAGCUGCUGUGACCCCUGCUGUGGCCAGUCCAGCUGCUGCCAGCCCUGCUGCCCACCCAGGUGCUGCCUGCCAGUCUCCUGCCAAACCACUGUGUGCCGCCCAGUGAGCUGCGUGCCCAGGUGCAGCCGCCCCAUCUGUGACACCUGCUGUGUGAAGUGUGGCUGCUGCCCCAUUCUCUCCUGUUGCCCCAGCUCCUGCACAGCUGUGGUCUGCAGACCCUGCUGCUGGGUUUCCACCUGCUGCCAGCCCAUUUCUGUGCAGUCUCCUUGCUGCAGACCCCCCUGCUGCCAGCCAGCUGCCUGCCGCACCACCUGCCGCUCCACCUGCUGCCCCACCUGCUGCUGA